CGUUGCAACACAGGGCGCAGGGGGCGGAAAGCGCGCUCGCGGAAGCGGCGGCACUCAACGGCUGUAGGCGCAGCAAUCUGGUUGUGUUCCUCCUGGUCUGAGGCCCUCGCUGCGCCUUCGUCUCCUCGCUCUUCUCCUCGGGAAGCCUAAACCGGCUGGGCUUUACUCCUUUCACCUCGUAGGCAGCUGCGUUGUCGUGACUUCGUCACCAUGUUCGAGGCGCGCCUGGUCCAGGGCUCCAUCCUGAAGAAGGUGCUGGAGGCGCUCAAGGACCUCAUCAACGAGGCCUGCUGGGACAUCAGCUCGGGCGGCGUGAACCUGCAGAGCAUGGACUCAUCCCACGUCUCCCUGGUGCAGCUCACGCUGCGCUCCGAAGGUUUCGACACGUACCGGUGCGACCGCAACUUGGCCAUGGGCGUGAAUCUCACCAGCAUGUCCAAAAUACUAAAAUGUGCUGGCAAUGAAGACAUCAUUACCCUAAGAGCUGAAGAUAAUGCUGACACCUUGGCACUAGUAUUUGAAGCACCAAAUCAGGAGAAAGUAUCUGACUAUGAAAUGAAGUUAAUGGAUUUGGAUGUGGAACAACUUGGAAUUCCAGAGCAAGAAUACAGUUGUGUGGUAAAGAUGCCUUCUGGUGAGUUUGCACGUAUAUGCCGAGACCUCAGUCACAUUGGAGACGCUGUUGUAAUAUCAUGUGCAAAAGAUGGAGUGAAAUUUUCUGCAAGUGGAGAACUUGGAAACGGAAACAUUAAGUUGUCACAAACCAGUAAUGUUGACAAAGAGGAAGAAGCUGUUACCAUCGAGAUGAAUGAGCCUGUUCAGCUAACUUUUGCACUGAGGUACCUGAACUUCUUUACAAAAGCCACUCCACUCUCUCCUACAGUAACACUCAGUAUGUCUGCGGAUGUACCCCUUGUUGUAGAGUAUAAAAUUGCUGAUAUGGGACAUUUAAAGUACUAUUUGGCCCCCAAGAUUGAGGAUGAAGAAGGAUCGUAGGCAUUCUUAAAAUUCAAGAAAGUGAAACCCAGCUCUUGGAGAACUGCUUCUGAGAUGCCAGCAUGUACUGAAGUCUUUUCUGUCACCAAAUUUGUACCUGAGUACAUAUGUAGAUAUUGUUUUCUGUAAAUAACCUAUUUUUUUCCUCUCCUCUACACUUGUUUAAAGAGGUCCAGAGUUAAAUCUGGUUGUUAACCUAGAAAUACUGCCUUACUUAAAUACUUCUGGUGAUUUUUAUAACCAAAGGGCUUGACUGUAUUUUUCAAUUUAAAUAAAGUUAUUUGAAUUUCAAAUGUCA